AUGAUGCCAGAUGUGCUGACUGCGCGACAAACUUUCCUCGAGACUGGAGAGCUUCCAGCAAGCGCUCGGCUUGCACUAUGGCAACGUGCUGUCCAGCCCGGAACCGAAGAUUCGGCUUCGAUGUAUGCGGUCCAGACAACCUCACGCUCGCUACCAAGCCAAGCCUUGCUUCGUAAGGAGGUGGAAGCCCUGUGUUCACGUAUUUUUUCGAGUGCAGCGCACGCGCGUAUUCUUCGUGAAGUCGGUGACAAUAUGCGUGGCACGCACUUGCUUUUUAUCGACAGUGCUGAAACACUCGUCACUUAUCUGUGCAGCCAACUCAACAUUGACUACUACUCGGGAAUCGUACUUACCUUCGCGCCGUUGCUGCUUGCGAGUGGCAGUGAACCUCUUCACCCGGAAACAGUGGAGACACUCGCAGCUACAUGUCGUCGAUUUCUUCCACACGUUAGCCAGAAGGUCCCCCUUCGCUCAUCAACGACAGGCCGACGUCCGCUACUCAAGCGUAUGUUGCUCUACCACGCCCCACGACUUGCUUCCCAUUUGAACCAGCACUUCCCGACGUGGAAUCAAGCGCCUCCUGAGGAAUGUGAUGGAACGAAAGACAGUGGUGCUAUACCAGACUCGUGGCUUGGCUCUUUCUUCGAAGGUGAGGGAGUGGUAAGUGAUGCUGCCAACUUCGACUUCUUGCUUAAGGUUUGGGACUGCAGUUUAGUGCUGGAAGCUUUUUCUUCACAGGCGAAUGCUCCACUUACGACGGGAUGUUUCAUCACACUUUAUGCCAUUGUGACGGCUGAGAAAGCGUUGAUGCGCAUGCAAGGAGAGCAACUACGCCACUGCAUGGCAACGACCCUCUUGGAUACGCUACUCCGUGGUGAAGCGACCAAAGAGAACGUCUUCGUUCGAGGGAUUCGUCACUUGAUAAAUUCCACGCCACCAUGCAUUUGCGCUAAGCUUCGCAGUGCCGGCACACCACCACCAGCAGUGAUCGAGGAUGACGUAAAGCCUACUGAGGCUCAAACGUCAGGAACUACCAGCAACAAUUUCGGGAUGAACAACUUGCUGUCAGCAUCGACACAAGGUCUGAAGGAUGUGUCGAACAUGAUGAUUGACAUGCCGGUGAAGUUGAUGAUCGACAUGCCCGUCAAGUUGCUCACGAUGGUUCCGCUGAAUCCCAUGGCAGCUUUGUCGUCGCCGACAUCGACUUCGCUGACGGAUUCUCCAGAAGCCCAGCAGCUCUUCUAUCUGCACGUGCAGGCCAUGGACGUAGCUUCUGUCUCUGUGACCCUGGAGGUUAGUGAAGUUAUCCCAUCUGUGUUCGGAGGUAUUCAGGGUCACGAAACUGGAUCACUUCGCUAUUUUAUCGUGGACUGCCGUGGAAAGGAAGAUAUGCGACGUGGUCAAGUUCCCACUGCUUUCCAUUUUGAUCCCAAUGCGGUCUCCGACCCUGCUGUGCUUGAUCAAGUGCUCGCAACAAUCGGUCCGUUAAAAGGCGCUGGAGUCCACAUUUGUGUUAUGGGGCAAGGAUAUGCGCACAUUGCAGAGGAGCUACGUCAGUUCCAGCAAAAACAAGGUGUGGCAUCAGCUUCCCCGUUUUGCUUAAGCGAAGAAUUUCUCGAGACGUACGCGAACGACCAAACGCGCGUGCAAUCCACGAUUGAGUUCUUGCUGAAGCACGAGUUCCCACGCGUGAGUGUCCUGGAUGGAGGGUACUCUGCUGCUCACGGCCAUCUCUUCCGCUCUCACAGCUUGACUGUAGACGACCUGGCAGACCACGACACACCAAACUGCCAGCUUUGUCAACAUGACCGUAGCAUGGAGGCUGCCAAUCCUCCUGCCACUGCCGGCGCUAUAACUGCGAGAAUUGCUGAAGAAAAGGAGUGUGUGCAUGACUCUGGCUCGGGGUUUGCUGCGAGUUUACGGACUGGAAGCUCAAGAACAAGUGAAGCGUCCUCAAGUUUUGCUUUGGAUGACGCUGGUUUCACGGAUAUCAACCUCUCUUCUCCUGCCAACACCAAGAGCCCUCCAUGCGGUUCUUACUACUCGAGUUUUACAGGUGCCUUUAAGACUGGCAGCAAGACACUCCUGAGUCCGACGGUGGACGGCACGAAAUGGCUUCUCAAGAAAUCUGCUGCAACCACCGCUGAGUUUGCCAACGCUGCAGCCAGCAUGGGAAACAUGGGCAAUAAGACCCGCACAGGAAGCAUGAAAGACACGGCGGCUACGGCGAAGAGCUCGGGUGAUUCUCCUACAAAGGAGAUGAAGCCAGCAAUGCCGAACCUCAGUAAAUGGCGCACCUCACUGGUCGCAAUCGGUUCGGAGAGUCUGGAUAUGCUCAAGAAAGUCGAGUCUGCGAUGGAACACGCCGUCGAGCAAGCUGCAGUGGCUACUACGACAACCACAGCCAAGGUCCGAGUUCCGUUCCCUGCAACCUUUUCGCCCACCCCGAAGGAAGCAGGAGCUGUGACGUCACCGUCGACAGGUAAGUCGCCCGCAGGUAGCACAAGCUCUUCUGGUACGCCUCCCGCGCCACGAGCUGUCCUUUCAGCUGACCCCGCUCACAGCAAGUUUUUCCACGAGUCUACGGACGAAAUGUUCACGAUCGAUGACGACGACGACGAUGAAGAUCAGGAAGGACACUUCGUUCAAGGUGUAGACGCUGGCGGUAGUCGUACAUCUGCAACUUCGAGUUUCGCGAAGGAUUCUCCUGUCGGCGCUAGUGUUGCAGGACCUAUUCACGAAGUUAUCAAGGGCCACGUUUGUGAACUCAAGAAGGGGAUGACGGUGAGUCGUACACAAAUGUUGUCAUGCGUGAGUAGCCCAUUCUUCGCGUGCUACAAGAAGAAAACACCUAUUGGAAAUGCAGGUGCUGCUUCGCGUUCUAGCAUGAACCCACGUCGCGUGGUUGUGAUGGAGAAUAACCUUGUGGUUCUGAGGUCUGCUACGCGCAACGAGGACGACUCGUUCAUCGUGAAAUCUUGCCACCCGCUGUCGCACAUCACACGGAUGACCUGCCUCAAGAAGAACGCACUUAUGGUAAGCAUCUACUACAAGUGGAAGGCAGACGACGGACAGAUCGUGGAGAAGCGCAACUCGUACGAAGUUCAGCAGCGUGACGACUUCAUCAAGGCUGUCAAAACUACGAUGGAAAAGAUGUAG